UAGAUCAAAUCGAGGUUAUUAGGUUAGCUACUACUUUCAGAAUGAACCCAUUUGGGUGGGGUCUGAAAUGUGAUACUGGCGAGAAAUCCAGAGUCUAAGGUAUAGAAAGCAUUUUCCUAUGUGGCAGCUAGGAAGCAUUAGAUGUGCAUCCCAGCCUCAGUAAAUAUUCCCACAGUUCCCUUGCAAUGCGGAAGUCUUUGGUCGACGGACAUUGAACUGUGUCCAGAAAUCGGGUUUUUUUUCUCCCAGCGUCUCAGCAUCCCAGCAUCCCAGUAUCCAUUGGUCCACGGUCCAGGCUCAUUCUGGUCUAUGUGGUAGAACCACGACCAGAAUGGUCAUUCGUCGCACGCUGUCAGAGCACAACGGUCCUGUCUGCGCUGAAAAGCAGUACGAGUACGAGUACGAGUAUGUGCAAAUUUACCAAUCGAUUGUUCGUCUUUGCCCUGCUGCUGCUGGCUCUGGGCGUGGUGCUGGCCCAGCCCGUGUCGGUCAAGGCUCGUCCCGGUGGCCCACGAAAUGUGAUCAGCGAUCUGCUGGAGGUCUUGUAUGACGACUACAACGAUAACGGGUAUCAACAGGAGGAUAUCUAUUAUGAUCAGCGGCAAAAGGGAGCUGAAAAUUUGCAGCUGAAGAUGGAUGGUCUGGUCGUAGCUCUGGCACCCGAGAUGAGUUACCAUUCUUUGUAUAUGAUGGCCGAUCAGUAUUUCAAUAUGAGGGAAAUGCUUCUCCAACAUUCUACUCCAGAGCCAGAUGAAACCCAAUUGUACGAAAAGGUUCCAGUCAGAGAGCCAGAAUCAACGGCUUCAGAGGAGCAUACUAGAAUUCCAGAUCCCAAAACUGAUAUGGAAAGCCGACAGCAUCAUGUUGUGGCACCGCAGAACGCUAGCCGUUCACCUUCUCAAUUGCUUGAAAUGCUAAAGAAGCUUAAAAGCAGAAAAAUCUAA